AGAUCAAGAUUUCUUAGAACUCUAGAUCUAAAUCUAGAGUCUUGAUUUGAUCUAGAAUCUACACUGACUGACAAAUUUUCAGUUUGAUUUGAAUGUAGAUCUAGAUCUAGAAAUCUACUCGUAGACUCCAAGGCAAGGUAAGGUGUCUGCCAGAAUGCCUGUUCAGAAAGGAAAACUGAAGCCUGGUGAUGAGGCAAAAAUCACAGCGAAGUACAAGUAUCUUCUGGAUGAGCUGGAUAGCGAGGAUCUCGUUCCAGCUUUGUUUGCGAAAGAGGUGAUAGACAGAGAUGACAUGAAUGCUAUUGAAAGCAAGGCCACGAGGAAAGAAAAAAUAAAAGUUCUUAUAGACAAAUUGUUCUCAGCAGGAUCUGGAGAAGCUUACAACAAUUUUAUAGAAUGCCUGAAGGAAAGUGGCUAUGAACUGGUUGCUGAAAAAUUGGAAAGUACAGACAGUACUCCUUCUCCAGUAAUUGAGAGUCAGCCAAGUGAACAAGAGAUGGAUUGGAUGAAUAAUAUACCGGACAAAGUCUUGGACGAGGUCAUUGUGGAUGCCAGCGCCAGUAAACUCGCUUUUCAAAUCGGUACAGGAUGGGAGCACCUCAUGCUCCAGCUGGGUGUGGGAAAUACUUUGAUUGAGCGGGAAAAAGCGAAGGGGGCAGCUGGUGAUGGGACCACUACUGUCACAAACCUAUUGAUCCGCUGGAGGCAGAAGGAGGGUAAGGCAGCCAGCUGGAGACAUUUCUUUCUUGUGUUGAAAGAUUUGUAUGAAGAUGAUGCCAUAAGUGUUGAAUUGGAAAAUGUUAUAAAAAUAGCGUGUCAACAAAAAUGAAAGUGUACAUUACUUACUAUGGGAAAAUUGUAAUUUUGAAGAUCAAGAAGUGAAGUGUUGUGCCGGCGGUGACCUGAGUACAUUACACUUUUUUAAACCUAAGGUGUUUAUCUGAAGACUUUUUGAUAAUUCCCAGGCUGCCUUUUGUGACAUGAGGGUUUGAUUUAGAGAUCACAACCUUUAAAUUUAUAGCGUAAAUUGUUUGUACACGUGUUAGCAAUUCCGAGACUCAAUAUCAGACUAUCACUCAGUAGGCUACUUGUGUAUGCAACAUGAGAUGAGAGGAUUGUGUGAAACUUUGAAACAUUGGAUUUUGCUCAUAAAUUGAAUGGGGAUCAAGGACUGGUGAAGGGUCUCAUGUAAAAGAUGAGAAAAAGCCAAGUGUCUCUCACAGCUUCUCCCAGCCCAGGCAGUUGCACAUACCAUGGUGGUCCCUGUUCGCACUGACAAUAGACUGUCCAACUGAUGGCAAUGUGCUCAUGUACAGCUCUGUUUGUAAAUGUUUUUCUUAUCCAUCGACACGCUUUAGAUGAUUUUGGAGGCAGGCUGCUCUGACUUUGCCUGUCAGUGUCCUUCAUGGUGAGGGGUGGGGUGGGGGGGGUGGGGGUGGGGGGAGGAUACAGCUUCCCAGCAGACAAACGGAAAUGCUAGACAAAACAAGUUCCCCAUCUAUGAAUGAAACUCAUGUCUUUAGCAGGCAACAGCAAAGAGCUUGAUGAUUUUGCCACAGCAGCUACUUUGUCCAGCUUUUGUAUUGGCAGUGUUGAAACGCUUGGGGUUAUCAGGACAUAAAGACUUCUUUAUCUAUUUUUAAUGCAAAGUACACUGGGGUCUGUUUUGAACAAUUUGAGAGUAUUUAGUAAAAAUGUAUAAAAAUAAAAGAUAUAUAAAGGCUUCCAAGUGAAGUCAGGUUGACACAGAAUUUCAGUUGGUGGUCAAUUGUGGUCUCUUUAAACAAGACGUGUUCACCUUUGCCCUUGCUUGUUUGUUUGUUUGAGUAAAGUGAAGUACAUCGACACAAUAAUGGUCAUUUAGUGCGGGAGAAAAAGUAAGACAGACUGACAGAAACAACAGAGGGGAAAGUAAAUGAAACAAAGGUGACCAAUCAUGGCUGGUUUCUAAGUAAAAAUGUCAGUAUUGAUGUGAGAUUGUGUAUGAUAUGAUUUUGAUGAGAUGUUCGAAUUAUUGUAUUUAUGUGUGCUUUGUAUUGCCUUUCCAAGCUUGAUUUCCUCACAAGCACCAAAUUUGUUUUAUAUGUUUAUAUGUCCGUGGGAUGGCUUACUUGCCUUUAUACACUCGUGAGGCGUGCUGACAAAAUGAGUUACUUCUCAGAUUUUGACCCUGUAUCAAUAAAUAUGUGAAAUUUAUAGAUCGAGUUUAUACAUUUGUUUAGUAUGAAAUGAUAAAAGAGCUGUUACACUGAAAGAAAAUGACAUCAGUUGAAAAUGUACAAAUUUAACCCGUGUCGAUUUUCAGAUGAUAUCUCCAUUUGCAGAUUGUAGAAGUAACUUUAUUUUAACAGCGGGCCUCACAUUUGUUGGAGUGGUACUAAGUGAUUUCAGUGCUUUCAAUUUGACUGUAUCGAUCAGGUCAAAGGGCACGAACUCAGGUGGCAGCUAGAUAGGAGAAAUAAGAUUGUUUCGAUGUAGGUUUUUCUUAUUGUGCACAGAUAUAUAUAUGCACCUUUGUUAUAUUUUUUGUUAACUGAUUCCUAAGAGUGUUGUUCUGUGGUGUUUUGUUUUUUAUUUUUAGGUAAGAUAGCCUACUUAUAAAUAAAUUCUUUUUCCUUUUUUUCAUUUGAUAAUUCCUAUGUAUUUUACAUCUGCAUUUAUGUAAAUAUCUGAAAUAUAUUUCUCUUUAAAUAUUUCUGGUUACCACUAAUUUAUGUUUGCUUAAUGUGUAACAAGUACUACUGAUUUUUAUUCUCUUUUUUGUUGUUGUGCUCAUACGUGAUGUGCAGGCAUACUUGUAUUCAAUUUUUUUUUUCACUUAGUGACAAUUUGUUUUCCCUGGUUUAGAUUUUAUGAUAUACACUGGCUAGUGUAUGAUUAUAGUAAGCAUUGUAGUACAGUAUAACAUAAGUCGAGCACAGAAGACCCGAAAUCAUGCAUCUGUCGAACAGUGUCUGCUGCCCUGUUUUUUUCUUCUUCUUUAUCUUUGUUAGAAAAUUACGUGAAGCUCUAACACAAACAUGGACUUGUCGAACUAAUUACGCCACCCUAGAGGUCUAAGAUCAAUAUCCUCUGAGGUGCACUUGAGACAAAAUAAUAAUAAUAAUAAUAAUAAUAAUAAUAAAUAAUAAUAAUAAUAGUUUCAAAAACUGAAAAAGGCAAGGUCCGUAAAAUACCGUCUUCCCCCCUCCAAAGAAGCAGCUAGAUGUGCUGUUUUUAGCACGCUGCUCGACACGUAUGUGCCGAGGCCCUAGGCUUUAUAUGCUCUUAUACUAUCUUCUAAGCGUCUAGUCCUAGGCCUUGCUUGGCUUGUGUGGAGUGGGCGAGAGGAAGGGUUGUGCAUCACACAAUCUAUUGUUUUGUCCCAAUCUUUGUUGCUUCCCUUGAUUCUCUGUCGAUGCCUUAACAUUGUUCACAUAUCCCUCGAACUACAGAUCCCUCGAACUACCGAGGCCUUUCCCGACGAAUUUGAGCUAUCAGUGUCAUACUGUUGAUAGCUUUAUCUUCUUUAGUUGAUGAUUGUUACUAAUUCAGGGUUGUGUCUAUUCAAAUCUUUUUUUUCAUUGUGGAUCUAGAUGAAAUGUGGUAGUGGUAUUAAUGUAGCUUGUGUUGUAAGAUAAUACUUGUUGUGUCCUCUCUCAUACUCGCAAGCCUUAUUGCAGAAUGGUUUGUUCGCUGAAGAAACUACCCCAAAUCUCCGUUUUUUCUUCCUCUUUAAAAAAAGCAUGCCCCCAAGCUGAAUGAUCUGUGGUUUAUACCUGAUGCCGUUGACAUGUAGAUCAAACAUAUUUGAGAAUGUACUCUCCAAAUUGAGGAAAUAUGAUUCACAGAAGCAGUACAGAGAAACCAAAGAUCUCUCUAUAGUAUAGGAUGGAACUGGUUAAAUACAGGUUUUAUAGCCUAAGAAAAUGGACCUGUUGUGUGCAGUGAGGAACAAGGAUGAGGGUUAGGAUUAGAAAUGGAACUUUCUCUUUUUUUUUUCUUUUAAUGUUUGGUGGGUUUUGUCUGGGUCCCUUCUUAAAAAUGUUUCUCCUGAACUGUCAGGCUCUACAUGGUGACAUGAAAUAUAUUGAAGACUUUCAGCGCUUGGUACAGUUAUAGUAGAGGUGUGUAAGUUUUGCCUUUGUUGUUAUAUUUCAUUAUGCUGAAACCUUAUUGUAAAUUAGUGUGAUGUAUCAAAACGCCACAGUUAAAUGACUUGAAGCUUGUGGUGUAUGCACAGCAAUGGAGAUUGCUAUUCGUGUUAAAUCGUACUAAGAAAUUUCGAAAUUUAUGUUUGUGUUUGCAGUUCAGGAUGCAACUGAGAAAUGUUUAGAAUGGAAUGUGACUUUUCCUGAUUUUGCCCAUUAUUUAGCAUAAUUUUUCUGAAAUGAGUUUUGUAGUGACUAUUAUUCUAGAAUGUUCACAAAUACAGUCUAGCAUGCACAUAUCGAAAGUGGUGGGGCGCUGACAAGUUUUCACAAAGAUUUCACUGUGUUUGUGUUUAAGAUGCAAAGAAAAUAAUACAGUAUUAGAAAAAAUUGGGGAACAGUAAAUCUGUUUGCUAUGUGUGCAUGUUUCCCUAUGUCCAUAUAUUCGUUAUGUGCAUGCUAGACUGUACUUUUUUAUUCUUAUCUCAAUGUAAGCAUGACUGUUCCAAAUGUUUUUGAAUAGUAUUAAAGGCACUGAAAGUUUGUGAUAUCAAGUGUACAGUAAAGUGUAAUAAAAAAAUAAAAGCUA